UUUAAGAAAACUUCAAAUUCUGCUUAUUUGUAUGGAAGAAUCGUUCCGCAUCUUGUGAAUGAACGAGUAAAAAUAACGUACUGUACGGAUAUGGAUAAAUCGGUAUUAAUUAGUAACUUUGAAAAGAGAAAUUGGCAAUCGGUGAGUGCCGAAGAUGAUUGGAAUUUUUAUUGGGCCAGUACAACAACAUGUCGGAAUAUAUUUAGCGUUGAGAGCGGUUAUCGUAUGCAAGAUAAUCAAAUUAUAAAUCACUUCCCAAACCAUUAUGAAUUAUCACGAAAAGAUCUUUUAGUGAAAAAUAUCAAAAGAUAUCGAAAGGAUUUGGAGAGAGACAGCAGUGCGUUGGCAGAAAAAAUUGACACUGGAACGACCGGAUUGAAAUAUCUUUAUUUAGAUUUCAUACCAACAACUUUUGUCCUUCCUGCUGAUUACAAUAUGUUUGUUGAAGAGUAUCGAAAAAAUCCACAAACUACAUGGAUUAUGAAGCCAUGUGGCAAGUCACAAGGAGCUGGCAUUUUUUUGAUCAACAAAUUAUCAAAAUUGAAGAAAUGGUCACGAGAAGCGCGUAGCAAUGCAUUUAAUCCACAAAUAACUUCGGGUAAAGAGAGCUACGUCAUUUCCAGAUACAUCGAUAAUCCACUAUUAAUCGGUGGCAAAAAAUUUGAUUUGCGAUUGUAUGUGCUUGUAACAUCAUUUCGUCCACUAAAAGCCUACCUAUUCAAAUUGGGUUUCUGUCGAUUUUGCACAGUGAAAUAUGAUACAAGUGUGACGGAACUCGAUAACAUGUACGUUCAUUUGACCAAUGUCAGUGUACAAAAGCAUGGAGGAGAGUAUAAUACAUUGCAUGGCGGAAAGUGGAGUGUUCAAAAUUUAAAAUUAUUUCUCGAAGGCACGCGAGGUAAAGAAGUCACCGAUAAAUUAUUCGGAAAUAUUUCAUGGUUGAUUGUUCACUCGUUGCGUGCAGUCGCUCCAGUUAUGGUCGCAGAUCGUCAUUGUUUUGAGUGUUAUGGAUACGACAUAAUUAUUGAUAAUACAUUAAAGCCUUGGCUUGUAGAAGUGAACGCAUCACCAUCUUUAACAUCGACCACAGUAAAUGAUCGAAUUCUUAAAUACAAACUCAUUGACAAUAUUCUAUCAAUUGUGUUGCCCAAAAGUGGAGUACCGGAUGUUCGUUGGAACAAGGUACCCGAAGCAGAUUCGUUAGGAAAUUUCGAACUACUUUUGGAUGAAGAACUGACGUCGCAUGACGAAAAUGGUCAGAACCAACAACGUGAAAGAAGUAUAAAACUCUCGUCUAGUAGCAAUCGUUGGAAGUAAUAAUAAUUUCGGCAAAUUUAACAUUCUAAUGUAGUUUAAUAUCGAUGAAUAAAAGUCAAAAAAAU